AUGGGUGAUGGACGGCUGUUGCUGAAUGGCGAUGGUGGUGCUUGUACCACAUUACGUCCAUUAUCCUGUGAAUUGUCCUGCUUGCAGCGGGCCGAUGGGUCCUCCUUGUGGAAGUCUGGAUCCACACAAGUCAUGGCUGCUGUAUAUGGUCCUAUUGCACCCCGAAUUCCAUCUCAAGAAAAGGGCGACGAAGCUCAGGUGUCGGUUGUCAUCAAGUCAGGACGACACAAUAAUGCCAACAACAACAGCAAGAGCAACAAUAGUAUGCUGGAACGAGAAUGGGAACAAUUGGUGACAUCCAUUUUCACCGCCUGCAUUGAUACCAAUGCCUACGCCCGGACUGUAGUGGAAGUGGUGUUGCAAGUCGUUCAAGAUGAUGGUUCCGUCUUGGCGGCGGCACUACACGCUGCAGUGGCUGCCUUGAUGGAUGCAGGAGUAUCCUUGACCAAUCUACCGGUAGCCACCACGUUUUAA